AUGACGCUGUCCCAGCCUAGUUCGGCGGAAAAAACCAUUCGCAAGAUCGAUAUUGCCCAGGUGUCUUUGAGUUUGCAGGACCGAUUAGGUCUGGCUAAACUCAAGUACCAGCAUGGCCGGCUGCAUGGGUUGAACCAGCAGGAUGGCAAGUCCGGUCUCCUCGAUAGCGACAAGCCCUCCGACUCCUCAUCCGACUUCUCUCGCAGCCGAUGCGAGACCCCCUUUACCUCUCCUCCCCUCCAAGGCGCAACCUAUUCCAAAGAACUCCCUCGAUCGGCCCGCAAUAAACAUGCAGUGACAUUCAAUUCCCGGGUAAUGCAGCCUAUGUUGUCGGCCAGUCGCAAGCGGCUUCGGUCUGACUCUGCUUCGGGACGUCCGGCCAAGGCUGCCAGGGUUUCCUGGAAGGCUUCUUAUCAAUUGCCAGAGUCUUCUCCGGGCCUCAAUCGGCACCUGACUGCCCGCCACAACAUGCCUUUCAUGUCCGAGGCCACCAUCCCCGAGCUUUCUUCUCCGGCAUACCAUGGCCCGUCAGAUGAAGAGAAUGACCCGGAUCUGCCUCUGCAUAGUUUCCAGAAUAUGAGCUCUAUGGUGGGCUCUUCGCCUCCACGCACUCCACCUCCCAAGCACUCUCGGCUGUCACGCGCCGAUCGUCCCUUGCAGCAUGAAGAUGGUGCAGAUCUACUGCUAUACCUUGCCAAUUCUCCAACUCCUGCCCGCGUGGCUAGGGGCUCCCAGGCUCACGGGCUCCCUCCUUCUACUCCUCCUAGCCAGCAUGCCGUUCUGCCGACGAUGACUCCGAAUCUUGGAACUCCCGGCCAGAAUUUCAAUUUCGCAGAUUUCGUCAAUGUGACCCCUAGCCCAGCACAACAAGCAUGGAACGGCCGUACACCUGGCCCAUCUCGCACCCCUCUCGCAACCAAGGACGCCCGCAAGCGCCUCAACUUUGAUGCUCUGGUCCCUCCUACCAGUGCCGCCAGCCCUCACAAGGAAAGAGGGCUCGCUCUUCAGCUCGGUGGCGAGCUGCGGCCCUAG